AUGAAUCGUAUAACUUCUGAAAUAAUUCGAUUGUCACAAUUGUCUGCGUCAUCCACCCCUGAACACAUUGCUCAGGUUAUAAAAUUGACAAUCAACGCAUUCCGCGCCGAAAAACCGCUCUUCAGCGCAGAUCAGCCAAAAAAGGAGAAUUUGGAAAAAUGUUUGGAUAUAUUCAAUUCAGCUUAUCAACAAUAUUCAAUAAGUAUGGAACCAGAAAAACGAAAAACUGCACAAAUGUCGAUUUCUGGAUUGUAUUUUAUAACUGAUGAAUUAUCAAAAAUCUAUCCAGAUUUAUACUCGAAAUUUGAUCAAAUUCGAAAAUCCAACUAUAUUCAAUCAAUAAUUGAAUAUAUCGAUAAUACAACUGGAAUUGAGCCCGAAUUUUGUGCGCCUUUCAAAGAUGAGAUAAUUGAUUUCUCGAAAAUCCCAAAAUCUCAUGUUUGGUGGUUUUUUGAAGAAAAUGAUGAGGAUGAAUAA